AGGAGAAAGGAACUAGAGUAAAGCAGCUGCCUGUAAGUAUGUGUUUAACGUUGGUGUGCUUCUGCUUUCGGCUUUCAUAAUGAAAGACGGCCAGUUUAAAUGCGUUGCCUCUUAAAAGAAACAAGUUUAUAUCCUCUUACAAAAUUAGUAAUACAGCAUGCUGAGUCACGUCAGUUGUCAGCACUGGAGCAGGUUGCCCAGCAUGGUGGUGGAUGCCCCAUCUCUGGAGACAUUCAAGCUCUGAGCAGCCUGGUCUAGCUGUAGGUGUCCCUGUUCUUUGCAGGGGAGUUAGACUGGGUGACCUUUAAAGAUCUCUUCCAACUCGAAUGAUUUUAUGAUUCUCUUGUAAUUUUUCUUUUUCCUCUCUCCCUGGCCUUACUGAUUUGCCAUUUAGCUCUCUGUGCUUUUGGCAUAGUACUCCCAAGUGGAUUAUUCUGCAGUGGGGGUUUAACUCCUGCCCUGUGCAUCUGUGGGUUUAAGGGACAGCCUUUCUUGGAGUAAUGUUAUGGAGCUAUGUGGAAUAGAUUAUGCCUGUAACUUUCCCAACAAUGCUUGAUUUGCAAACUAAGACAAGUUGGCCUUUGUUCUAGAGUCUGGUCUCAGAAAGUGGCCUGUGGUAUGUGGAUAGGGUUGGUUCGUUUGUUGUUUCUGACGUUUUUAAUAAAUACUGUGCAUAGAAACAGAUAGGAGUGCUGCUUGUUUUUUUGAUUUAUACGUUUGUCACACUUGCAGCAAUUUUCAGUGUAGGAGGUUGUACCAUCCUUGUGCUUGAUAGCCUCUCUCUUGGAUGGCCUCUUCCACAAAUUCAUCUAAAGAGCUUUAGAGUUUCCGCACAGAGCAGAAGGAAUUAUGUUCUAAACUAAGACAGAGCUCUCAGUUGGCUGCCAACUUCUGUAGGAUAGCAGCUGCUGUGACCCUUUCUGCUUGUUCAGUCUCUUCUGUCAUUUUUCUGACCUGUCAAGGGUAACGGUGGGUUAUGUAGGUGCUCUGUACCACACAUUACUGGGUGACGUUGCCAUAAAAUUAGCUUAGUUAAGACUGCAAGGGAUUGCAUCAAUUUGCCUAAAAGCCAGUUAUCUGUUUUCACAUGGAAGGUGCCUGGGUGUUUAGUACUUGUAUCACCCACUUCAGGAGUUUGAUCCCUGCAAUGGCUGUGUGCUGUUAGUGUGGUCAGCCAGCUGGGAGGAGGAGGAAGCACCCCAGGGAGCAGGAGGCUUUGGGGAUGCAGUGAUGCAAGUCAGUUACAGGCUUAUUUGCUGUCCAAGUGAAUGCUGCUAACAGCAUUAGUUGCUGUGUUUGGAAUAGCUGACAUGGCGCAAAGCGCUGUGCGUUUCUCCUGCUGGCUCUUGGUGCCACCUCUUUUUAGCAAGAAAUACCAGAAUUCAUGUAUCUGAAAGCUCAUCCAUUACUCUGCAGGUAAAAAGUCUUGUGUUAACUUGGUGAACUACUUUCCCUUCUGAAAACUUUGAAGAAAUAAGUAAUUACAUAUUAAAACUUGAUUUCAGUUGUCACUGAAGCUGAGGCCUUCACCACUUGCAAGUCUGUAAGAGGUGCUGACUAUUAAUACAUCCUUCCUCCGAUUACUGUAUUUAGUCCAUGAAAUACUAUACUGUUAGCAGCUGGGAGGCAUGGCUUUCUGCAGAAUUGACACUUGGCAUUUAUUUAUUUAAUUCCAGUCCUUACUGUGUUGAUGACAACUUUGGAGUUUUCAAAUCCUGCAGUGCUGUAUCCUGCAGGUCUCACUGCUGCUCAGAACUGUAAGACAGCGAGAGAGAGGAGAACCACCGUGUCUCUGAUUUUACUGUUGUGAUUGUUGAGUUGUAUGAGUAGGGUGGACACAGGAAAUUCAGCUGUCACCAUGCACUAAAAAAGAGGAACAGGGUAGACUUGAGUGGAGGAUUGGUUCCGCAUAAAUUUUAUGAAUAAGAAUCAGAAGCCGGUGCUAACAGGCCAGCGGUUCAAAACUAGGAAGAGGGAUGAAAAAGAGAAAUUUGAACCCACAGUCUUCAGGGAUACUAUUGUCCAAGGUCUCAAUGAAGCUGGGAGUGACCUGGAGGCCAUAGCCAAGUUCCUGGAUUCAGCAGGCUCACGGCUUGAUUAUCGCCGCUAUGCUGACACUCUCUUUGAUAUUUUGGUAGCUGGCAGCAUGCUUGCUCCUGGAGGCACACGCAUAGAUGACAAUGACAAGACCAAGAUGACCCGUCACUGUGUAUUUUUUGCAGAAGAAGAUCACGAUGCCAUCCGAAACUAUGCUCAGGUCUUCAACAAGCUUAUCAGGAGAUACAAAUAUCUGGAGAAAGCAUUUGAAGAUGAAAUCAAAAAGCUCCUGCUGUUCCUUAAAGCCUUCUCUGAAACAGAACAGACAAAAUUGGCGAUGCUUUCUGGGAUCCUUUUAGCCAAUGGGACUCUUCCUGCUACCAUUUUAACAAGCCUCUUCACUGACAACAUAGUCAAAGAAGGGAUUGCAGCCUCUUUUGCUGUAAAACUUUUUAAAGCAUGGAUGGCAGAGAAGGAUGCCAAUUCUGUUACCUCUGCUUUAAGAAAAGCCAACCUUGAUAAGAGAUUGCUAGAACUAUUUCCUGCCAACCGGCAGAAUGUGGAUCAUUUUGCCAAGUAUUUCACUGAAGCAGGUCUAAAAGAGCUCUCAGAUUUUCUUAGAGUUCAGCAGUCACUGGGGACUCGUAAAGAACUUCAAAAAGAGCUACAAGAACGUCUCUCUCAGGAAUGCCCAAUUAAGGAGAUGGUGCUUUAUGUAAAAGAAGAAAUGAAAAGAAACGAGCUGCCUGAGCCAGCAGUGAUUGGUCUCCUGUGGACCUGUGUAAUGAAUGCUGUGGAAUGGAACAAGAAAGAAGAGCUGGUUGCAGAGCAAGCCCUCAAACAUCUAAAGCAAUAUGCCCCCCUGCUUGCUGUCUUCAGCACUCAAGGCCAGUCGGAGUUAAUCCUUCUCCAGAAGGUGCAGGAGUACUGUUAUGACAACAUCCACUUCAUGAAAGCCUUUCAGAAGAUAGUGGUACUCUUUUAUAAAGCUGAUGUUCUGAGUGAAGAAGCAAUUCUCAAGUGGUAUAAAGAAGCACAUGUUGCUAAAGGCAAAAGUGUCUUUCUUGACCAGAUGAAGAAGUUUGUCGAGUGGCUACAAAAUGCUGAAGAAGAAUCAGAAUCUGAAGGGGAGGAGAACUAAGACGGUUCAACAAAGCACAGACUCAAUCUAGGUUAAUGCCAAAUGCGCUUGGGAAUGCCAUACUGUUCAAGCAAAGAGGCUUUACUUCAGUGUCAUACAGAAAAUUUUAGGCUAGGCUUUCCUUUUGUUUAGAAGAAUAAAGGUUUUUAAUGGAGCCCUGAGGCAUUAGAUGCUUUUCUUGGGACUCUACCUCUGGCUCAUUGUACUCUAACUUAGGCAAAGACAUCCAGCAAGGAGCCAUAUAAGAAAAGCGAAACGAAAUACUUAUGGACUCCUUUUUAUUAACGGUCUUUUUCAGGUACUAUGAUAUAUGAACACUCCAAUUUCUGUUUAUAGAACUGUUUGGUCUGUGUUUGUAGCUCAAUAUUGGCUUGUGUAUGUGAUUUGACACCACCACAUUUUUUUGAAUAAAUGGCUUUUAUAUCUUA